AUGAGUGCUCUAACAAAUGAACCGACAGUUAAUGAUGAUCAUUCGUCUUCGCGCGAUGAUCAACAAAGUCAACAACAUACACAAACACAACAACAGCGUUAUCCAUCGACAAAUUCAUCGUCACGACAUUCAACACCGAAUUCAUCCGGUGGGGAAAAACAAUUUCAUUUCAGUAAUAACUACAACGCCGACCGUGGAUCGGGACAAAACUCUCGAACGAGCUCGGUUGCUGAACUAGCAACAGUCAAUAACGAAGGGUUUACGAACUACACAGAGAUAAUUCAUCAUCUACAAUCAGUUUGGAAUAACCAUAACAAACCAGCGGAUGGUGCUCGUCGAACAGCCCAUAAUUCGGGUUCAGUAUCAAAUCAUUCACAACCGACAUCUACAUCUCAACAUCAGCAUUACUCACAUCAUCAGUCCAGUCAACAACAGAAUAAUCAAUAUUCCGGGCAGCAAUAUCGAUCGAGUUAUAAUAAUUCCCGUCGAGGUGGUGGUAACAAUAGUGGUAAUUACACUCGCAACUAUAGCGGGGGUAACAAUGAUGGAUAUUGGAAUCAGAAACCCAAUCGUUUUUCAGCUAAUCGUCCAGUGAACAGUCUGAUGACCAAUUCAACCAACUAUCAACAACAACAAUCGCAAUCAUCACCGCCGACACAACGACGUCAAGGUGAUAUGCAACAGCAACAAUAUCAUCAGAAUGACCAACAAUCUUCCCAACCCUAUCAUAAAAAAAAUCGCUCCGAUCAUGAUCGUCGUCCAAACGGUUACAACUCUCAACAUCAACAACAGUCAUCGUCGGAUUAUUCGUUAAACAGUCAUCAUCAGCCAAGCAACAGUGUUCAAAAUCUCAAUUCAGCGGAUCAUUCACAUAUUAGUAACACACAGUCGUUUUCAGGCAAUUUAAACUCGUAUACAAGAUAG